AUGGUCAAGACUUCCGUUCUCAACGAUGCGCUCAAGUCCAUCAACAACGCCGAGAAGACCGGCAAGCGCCAGGUCCUGAUCCGUCCUUCCUCCAAGGUCAUCGUCAAGUUCCUUCAGGUCAUGCAGAAGCACGGUGAGUCAACAGUACGCCUCAAUACAGCGCAAGAGGGGGAAGGAAUACGUAAAGACGAGGAUGGAACCGGGUUGAUAACUAGGCAAUGGUCUCACACCGCCCCACGACCAACGCCCUUUAAGUGCUCGGAAGAUUGAGAUAUUGGCGAGGAUCUUACACGUCUUCGGAAAACUUGGCUGAAGAGGAACGUUUAAUCUUUCGCGACAUGUACUGAUUUGAGAUGCUAGGCUACAUUGGCGAGUUCGAGGAGGUCGAUGACCACCGCAACGGCAAGAUCGUCAUCCAGCUGAACGGCCGGUAGGGACAGCCGCCAUCUUCCUACACGUUCCAAAUGCUAACGUGUAAUUGCAGCCUCAACAAGACCGGUGUCAUCUCCCCCCGCUACAACGUCCAGCUCAAGGACAUGGAGCAGUGGGUCACCAAGCUCCUCCCAUCGCGUCAAUUCGGCUACGUCGUUCUCACCACCUCCGCCGGCAUCAUGGACCACGAGGAGGCUAGGAGAAAGCACGUCGCUGGCAAGAUCCUCGGCUUCUUCUACUAG